AUCAAAUAUCUAACUGGCAUUUGUCUUCCACAAUUCAGCUCUCUCUCAAAAAACAUAUUUCGUCUUAAACUUGAAGCAAAUUUUCUAUUGAAAAUGUACAACAUGCGCUUUUUGACACGCGGUAUCCAUCGGGUCCUAAGUCAAAGACCUUUGUUGACUGCCAGGCAAGAGCUGGGUAAUCCUCAGCUUUUAGCCAGUCGUUAUGAGCAUUCAAAGGAUAAAUUAACCAAUAAGGCGAAGGAUAAAGCAAAUGAGAUAAGGAAAGAAAUAAAUAAACAGUAUCAGAAUAAGAAAGACAAGAAGACUAACGAUGAAGGUAAAUCAAAUAAUUCUAGUGGUUCUGGCGGUCAUUCAGAUGGUCCCCAUAUGGGAUACUCUCCUAUCGCUAUGAAAAUCGUUCCAGCCGUAUACGGAUCUGCUGUCAACUAUUUCGAAAGAAACAUUAAUCUGGGGCGCCAUUUGUCGCCAUGUCUCAGCAUCUACAAGAGAGAAUUGACCUCAGUUAUGUCAAUUUCAUUACGUAUGACAGGAUUCUUUCUGGCGCUUUGUGUUUGGGCUGUGGGUAUCCUGGGUUUCUUUGGCACUCGAAGUCUAGGCGAUUGGGCCGCCAAGCUCGAGGAGUGCGAUUGUAAGCGAUCUAUUGUUAAUGCGGCUAAAUUUAUGUUAGUUUUUCCAUUUUCCUAUCAUUUGGUGGCUGGGGCACGUCACUUGCUUUGGCAUUUUAAUAUAUUUUUGACUAAACCCCAAAUCUAUGCCACGGGCUACGUAGCCCUGGCUUUGUCUGUGUUGCUCACAGCCGCUUUACUUGGACUGCAAUGGGGUGACGAUGCAAAGAAAGUUGUAGAUAUGACAGAAACCGGAUAUACAGCCAAUCAAGAAAUAAUUCUUGAUGAUCUGGACGAUUCAGAGGAUCUGGAGGCAAACGAUGCAGAUGCAACAACAAAUAGCCCCGAGAAGGUUAAUUAUAGAAAACUAAAGGAAGAAUUAAAAGCCAUUGAUCUUAAAUUAAGUUCUAAAGAUGCAUCCACCACUCCGAAUGAUACAAAAACUGAUACUUAAAUAUAUGUAUAUUGUGUAUGUUUUAUCACUUUAAAUGAAAUUGUGCCACAGAGUGGAAAAUUA